GGAGGGGCUGUCUGUCAAGAAGAUCCCUAACCUUCCCCAGGGCUCCAGCUCCGGCCUCCUAUACCACCCUCCCCACUUCUUGCCACAACCCUUUCUCCUUUCCUGUACUUUGGGGCCUCCUGGGGGCUGGGCUCCACUUGAACUGGGUUUCUGGGAGGUUUGAGUCCCAGGCUGAUAGUGACUGUUCACCAAGUCCUGCAGGUUCAGGUGUUGGGGCCAGCCAGAGGAAGAAGGGCAGAGGGAGGGGUCCAGGAAGGCUGCCUGGAGGAGGAGCAGGAGGAGCUGCUGCCCUGCUUCCUCUGUAGGGCCAAGUGAAAACCUGUCUUCUGGGGCCACAAGGGCCAGCAGGGGCCUGGAGCUGUAGGUUCCCAGGUGAACUGAGCUGCCCAAUCAAGCUACAAGCAGUAAUGAUCCUGAGGGAGCAAGUGUGCACUUAGGAACCAGAACCCUUACCCAUAGCCUCUGGUGCUGACGGGCCUGCCAACCCCAGCCCUGACCUCCACUCUAAACAGCAGGUUGGGGAUGUAGCUCAGUGGUAGAGCACUUGCCCAGCAUAGGCAAGGCCCCUGAGCUCAAUCCCAGGUACAGAAGAAAAAAAAAGAAAUCUCCGCCUCUCCAGUCCCUCCUACCCAGCACCGCCUCUGCCUGGCACUCUGGAGGAUGAACGGAUGCAUGUUGAGAUGGGCAAGGGUUCCACCUGCUAGGCCUUGGGCUGCCUUCUGUGUUGUGUGUACUUUGAGAACAUAGCUGUGAUCGUGUGCUGUGUAGUGUGCUGGGGAAGCCCUGUGUUGCUGCUUAGGCGAUGAAUGGCAAUGCACACACCUCUGGCUGAGCAGCAGAGCACUUGCUCAGGGUAGCUUGCAGGGUCUCGUUCCAGCUUGACCUGUAUUAUUAGCCAGUUGUACUCCAGAAGGUGUCUCCUAGCAGUGAGGCUUAGAUGCUGCCUUCUCAGCCUCUGAUCAGCAUUUACUUGAUUCUGCUACACUCUGGCACUUGGUUGUUGACUGGGCUUUUCUGGACAUGUUCACAAUAUGUUUGUACUGUAACCUUGGGGGUAGAUCACUCAGGGUGCAUACUUUCCAGUUUGUAGUGUGGCUUGUUAUAUUGUUUGUGCUAUUUUUUGACAGAGGGGAUACUACUAAUUUUUUUCUAUAUGAUGGUUAGAAAGUUCUUCCUGUACCUAAUUUUUAAAAAAUCAGGAUUUGUUCAAAGUGGAAAAUAAUGUGCAGCUCCAGCAGAAAGAAUCCAAAGACAGCCCCACACAGCUGUCCAGGUGACUGGACUCCUCUCAGGGAAGAGAGCCAGAGGCAGAAGGAGCUGAGCCAGCAAGGGGGGAGUUGAGGCAAAAUGACAGCUACCCAGAAACACAACCUCUUCACACCAGAACCUCACUACAUCCCUGGCUAUGCCGGCUUCUAUCCACAGCUGCGUUACCAAGUGGGGAACACCUAUGGGCGCACCACAGCACAGCUGCUCACAGAUCCCAGCGUGCAGAAGAGCCCCUGCUCUGUUCUCUCCCCUAUAUCCAAGCCCAAAUUCAUUGAGGACUUCAGCAAGUCUAAACCCCCCUUCAUCCCCUGCAGGGACCUGAAUGAGCCCUAUAUCCCCCACUACACUGGUCUGAAGCCAUACAAGAACUUUGAGAUCCUGGGCCAGCUCCCAUCCCAGGAGGUGGGUGCACAAGGGUCUCCAGAGAACAUAUCCAGACAGGUUCUGCUGCCUGCAGGUUUCAUGCCCUACCCUCCCUACCCCCCAUGCCCACCUGGCAGGAAGGGGUACUCUGGAGAGUUGGGACACCCAGGCCUGCUGCUGGCAUAUGGAGAAGAUGCGUGGAAGACCGCUGUCCCUGAGGUUCCAGGGCAGUCCCAGCUGUACCACUGCAGGAGGGACGAGUACCUGCCCCCACCCCACAGGCAGGAGACUCUAGAUGUAGGCAGGUUCCAGCGGCUACCCCAGUUGGACCACCCCAACCUGAUCCAACGCAAGGCUAUCUCAGGCUAUGCUGGCUUCAUACCACGGUUCACUUGGGUAAUGGGUGUUAAUUACCGCGAUGGAGUCACACAGGCUAUGGACGAGUUCGACAAGAACCAGUUCCUGUUCAGAAAUCCAGUCUGUUCUUUGGGUGAGAGGUUGCCCAAGAACCACUGGCCAAACACCACCAUCUACAACAGCCAGGGCCUGAUCCCAUUCUAUAUGGGCUUCAUCCCUCGACAGGCCAAGUGAGCCCUGCAGGAGACAUGUGCAGACCUGCCCCAGGCCAUUGGCAAGCCUAAGCCAACUACAGUCUGGCUCCCUUACAGACAUGCAGGACAACUAUGCGCUGACCU